ACGUGAUUGUCAAGUAUCGUCUGCUGAUCGAUUGACGAUUUGUUUAUUUUACUGUAAUUUAGUUUCUAGAUUUUAUUAAGUGAUAAAAUGCAGAAAAGUGAAAUGAAUAUUUCUAAAUGGUUAAAUGCUCACUAUGAUCCCUUGGCUACUUUAUAUACAUUUUCAUCAUGCAUGUGUCUUGUUGAUCUUCAAGGAGAUGGAGAUUAUAAAUUGAUAAUUGCUGAUCUUGGAACAGGCUCAUAUAAUAUGAAGCUUAAAGUAUAUAAAGGAACAAAUUUAUUAUCAGAACAUACUAUUAUCGAUAUUCCAACAGGAGUUGUUGCAUUUCAUAUGAAUACAGGUGACACAAAAGCUCCAGCAAUUGCAGUAGCAUCUGGAGCAAAUAUAUAUGUAUAUAAAAAUAUGAGACCUUUUUAUAAGUUUACGUUACCUACAUUGGAAGUGAGCCAAGCUGAACUGGAUGUAUGGAAUCAAGCUAAAGAUGAUAAACUUGAUCUUACUAACUUGAAAGAAGUUCUAGAAAGUAUCAGAACAGAAAUUGGAGAAUCAAACUUAACUGCAAGAUCACAAAGAUUUUUAAUGUUAGAUCAGGAUGAAAUGGAAGAAUUUGCUCAUCUUCAUAAGCAGUUUCCAUUGAAAAGACAGACAGUUGUGACUUGUCUAAAUACUAUGAAAAAAUCAAUGGCUGAAGAAAAUGCUGUUAGUUGUUUAGUUCUGGGAACAGAAAAUAAAAAUAUUUAUAUUCUUGAGCCUGAUGCCUUCACCAUAUUAGCAGCAAUGACUGUUCCUAGUAUUCCAGUAUUUUUGAAUGUGAGUGGUCUUUUUGAUGUAGAAUAUCGUAUUAUAAUUGCAUGUCGAAAUGGCUCUCUUUACACUCUUAAAAGAGGUUAUAAAACAGGAAGAUUAUGUGCAGAAUUGAGUUCCCAAGCUAUUGGCUUACAAAAAGUAAAUAACAAUAUUGUUGUUGGGUGUAUGAAUGAUUAUAUUUAUUGUUAUACAACAAAGGGAAAAUGUCUCUGGUCUUUGAAACUACCAUCAAGUAUUGUUGCAAUGGAAAGUUUACACAUAGAUCAAAUGGGCAUUUCUUUAGUUGCUAUUGCUUUAAACAAUGGCACUGUUCAUUUUUAUCAAGACAAAUAUCUAGUUGAUGUAUUAGCAACAGAAGGUGUUGUGACUGCCAUCAAAUUUGGUCAUUUUGGUCGUGAAGAUAAUAGUUUAGUUAUGGUUACAAGAUCUGGGGCUUUGAUAAUUAAAAUAUUGAAACGUACAGCAACUUUUGAGACCCAAGAGUUACCUCAAAAUGUUUUAACUGCUCAGAAUAUGAAACUGAACAUUCCCAAGAAAAGUAAAUUGUUCGUAGACCAAACAAUGAGAGAAAGAGAACAGUCUGUUG